AACCAGGAGGAAAGGAACAAAGCGGCUAGCGCCACCUCGAGUGCUGGCAGGGUCAAGUUGUCCUUUGCUGCGUCCGCUGUUUCGGCUUGCUUAGGAAUCUUUGCCCGGUGCCGAUUCGAAGAAUAAGUAUAGCGACAGCAUGCACUGCCUGGCUUGUUCUACAUUUGUGCUUCACGGACUGAAAACAAGAAGUGUGUAAAAUCUUCAAGAGGUGAGGAGAGCUCAUAAAUUCUCUUAUUUAGCUACCCGCUCUUCUGUCAGCCGUUGGGAAGAAACCUUCAUCAGUCGGCAGACAUCUCGAAGUCUCUGUGAAUUCCAAAGCUACUGUUGUGUGCCACCCUUCACUUCAGCUGCCCAAGUUGUUGCAUGGCUUUUUGCAAUUUGCCUGCUUCCAAUGCAGUUACAAGUACCUUCAGGUGUCAGGACAGAGCCUCAAAGCAUGCAAAAGAUGGAGCAGCAAUACACGGUGGCUUGAGUGGGGAAAAAUGACAGGCAGUCUUCUCCGGUGGAGUGUCCAUUUUAGAACUUCUUUAUGUUUAGGUUUGACUGCCAAGAGCUUUGGGCCUCCCAGUGUGGCAAGCAGGGCUGGUUUUGGGGGCACUCAGUUCAGCACAGAUGUCGGGGAUUUGUGUAAACCUUUGCCCACGGAGUACUUUUGCAGAAGACGUUGCAGCUCUGGCUUGAGAGAACUUCACAGUCUGACUCCUCACGACUGCCUUUCUGCCGAGAAUGAAGCCCGAUGUCGAUCAGAACUCGCCACAUAUGUGGAUUUGUACUCCUCGAGCUCUUCUCCAGAAAAGAAAGGUCAGGGCUGUUCAGCUGCUAUACUCGUGUCUGUCUGCACGGCAUGCGGUGAACCCGCCUUCCUUCUCACCCUGAGGUCUUGCAAGCUUACUGGGCGACACAAGGGGGAUGUCAGGUGGGUGUUUCGUAAAAGUUUUCCAGGUGGGAAGUGUGACCCCUCUGAUAAAGAUGUCAUUGCCACAGCACUUCGUGAGGCUAAGGAGGAGCUUGGAAUAUCGGUGCAGGAGAGCAACGUGUGGGGUGUCAUGAAACCUCUGAAGGACCGGACUGGAAUGGUGAUUGCUCCGGUAAUUGCUAAUCUGGGCCCUGUGGAAGGACUGUCCCUUCAUCCUAACCCUGAUGAGGUCGAGGACAUUUUCACGUUAUCAUUUUCUCACCUAACUGACCCAAGAAAUCGUGGCUACACUCAUUUUCGGCAAGGAAAUUCCUACAACUACACAUUACCUGUUUUCAGAAAUGGAAAGUACAGGGUCUGGGGUCUGACUGCUGUUGCUCUGGACUUGGCCCUGAAACAAAUUAUUCCAAGGUCUACACCACUCAGGUCCUGAUUAGUACAGAGCCACGACUAACUCCUAAUUCUUUAGUCUUUACAUAUUUUGCCCUUAGAGAACUGAUUGACUGAAUAAAGAACUAUCAAUAAAGACUAAUGAGAAACCGA